AUGUCCUCAGUUAGAACCAAUGGUAGUGUUGGCGUUGGUGGAGUCAAUGCCUCCCACCGUUCUUCUAUUGGAGGUGGAGCUGUCAUGGCCGAUGGGGAGAUUUUGACUUUAGACAGUCUGGAAAAUAUUCAAAAUUCUGUGGAGGAAGUGUUGCAAUACUGUGCAGCCAACAACUUGGAAAUUCCGGAAAAACUCAGACAACGUCUCAAGAAAGAACUAGCCAUUCCGGAGGAUGAAAAUGUCACCAAAAGUGCUCCGCCCCAUGUCAACACGGAACUCAAAGAGGGCGUCGCCAGUCAUCAGAAAUUCCUCAACGAUCUACGUUUGUCUUCGAUGCGACAAUCGUCCAUGUCGGAAGAUACUGACAGUGUCAAAGAAUCCAUCAUUGAUCAUGCCUUGAUUCAAAAGGUCAAGAAAAAUUCCGAUAUUCUCAGAGCACAAAUGCCUCUCUUGGAUCUUCGCGUCAAAAAUGCCAAAUACGUCGCCACCAAUCACUACGAAGACGAUCCAAACAAACAGAAAAAGGGCUACGACGAAGUCAAUCAGGAUGGCGAAGAAGGAGAACAGCCAAGGACCAGAAGGGCCAAACAACACAUUGAAACCGUCACAUCGGCCGGCAUUUGCUUCAAAUGGUAUCGAAGGAUCAAACGACUCGUCACCAAAGGACAGUGGCAGGACUACGCUCUGGAUACUACCAUUAUUGAAAAUGUCAACCUCAUCUUUGAACCAGGCAAAAUGGUACUCAUGCUUGGAGGACCCGGGUCGGGCAAGUCGACCAUGUUAAGGUUCAUUGCAGACAUUCUUCCCAAGGGAAAGGACUACCAGCAGUCGGGAGAAGUCACACUCUCUGGAAUUUCACCCAGCAGCGAGUCGCCAAAAGUUCAUUGGCCCAGUCUCAUUGGAUUCAUGGAUCAGAUUGACCGAUUGCAUCCAUACCUUACCGUAUUUGAAACUUGUGAAUUUGCAUUUCGUUGUCGAUUGGCCGGCACUCAUAAACGACCCUGGCAAGGAUCCGGACCAGAAAUCGAUCAGCGAAUUGCCGAGAUGGAUGCCGAAAAGUCAAUCGUAAACCUCGUUUUGGAAGCACUUGGAUUGACUCGUGUCAAGGACACCUUUGUGGGCGAUCAAGAAAAGGUUCGUGGAGUCUCGGGAGGAGAGAAACGCCGUGUGACGGUAGCCGAAAUGAUGUGCAUUGGAGCUCCCGUACUCUGUUGUGAUGAAAUCAGUACCGGGCUGGAUGGUACGUACCACGAACGAUCGACAACUUGGCUUGCAAUGCAUUGGAUCAAUGAUUGCGGUAUCCUUAUCCAUGACUCAAUUCGCUUCACAUCAUAA